AUACACACAGUAUGACAGCAGUAAUAAACUAUAGUAUAUGUGUAUCUUGUAGUGUAUGUAUGUAUACAAACAGAACACGAGGAAGAAAAGGGAAUAAUUUAUGCAACAAAACAAAGAAAACUCCCCAACAUUUUCACUCACCCUCUCUCCUCUCACAUCCUAGAGCUCACACUCACUCUUUCUUGAUGUAAAGUUUGAAUCUUUACAAUACCCAUCAUUAAUCUCUUCUUGAAAUUCCUGGGUUUAGCUCAAAUUUGGUGUUGAUAAAGUGAUUGAGGUAAAAAGUGAUGAGGGUUCCAUUGGGUCCAGUGAUAGGAAGACACCCUUCUUCAACAAAUGGGAAUGAUGAGCAGAUUAGCAGUGAUGGCCAUGGCCAUCGUGGUGGUGUUAUAAGGCAUAAUAGAAAAUGUAGAGAUAUUGGGUUUCUUGUGUUCUUUAUUGCUUUUUGGGUUGCUAUGAUUGUUAACUCUAGUUUUGGGUUUAAUCAGGGGAACCCAUUGAGGCUAAGCCAUGGUCUUGACUUCAAGGGGAAUGUCUGCGGUGACAAACAUGCAAAACCUAAUCUUCGAGGAUUUGAUCUGAGAUAUUGGCUUAAUCCCAAUCAGGUGUACCUAAGUGGGGUAAAGGAUAGCCUAAAUAAUUUAGAAGAUGCUAAAAGUAUUUGUGUGAAAAAUUGUCCUGUUACUUCAGAAGAUUCACUCAAAUGGGUCUGCAACUAUCCGGAGGGGGAAAUUCACCUGUCAAUGAAAGAGUGGGUUCACAGAGAUUACGACUAUUUUGAUAUGCUUACAUCUGAGAUGAGAAACUCAUCCCUACAGCUCCUAGGUCCCUGUUACCCUCUCCUUUUUCCAAGUGUAAAUGUUUAUUGGAGUUGUCAAUAUGUUGCACGUGUGUCAAAUGCGUCUUUGCAGCACUGGCAUCAGAUUGGAGGCGUGGCUAUCGAUGAAAAUAUGUUGAUAGAUAAAACUAUUCACAAGUCCAUUAAUUCCAGAUCAGCUGUCUUAAAGAGAUACAUAGCUGAUAUUGGGAGGGCCUGGGGAGUUCUGAUUGUUUGCGGAGGACUCAUACCAUUAUUCUUAUCUGUGAUAUGGUUGCUACUGAUUCGAUAUUUUACUGCUGCGAUGACGUGGAUAACAGUCUGCACCUUUAACAUUCUUAUAAUAUCAGUCACCAUCUUUUACUACCUAAAAGCUGGAUGGAUUGGGAAUGAUGCGGUCUCUCCAAUCAUCGGUAAACAUGAUCCUUACUAUCAUUUAACUGGAAGGGAGCAAGGUGAUCUUCGCUUUGUAGCAGUUCUUAUGACUUUUGCAGUGUUGGUAUCUAUCCUCUCAACAAUAGCAAUUGUUCGCCGAAUUCUUAUGGCGACAUCUGUUCUCAAGGUUGCUUCCAAAGUUAUAGGAGAAGUGCAGGCACUUAUAAUAUUUCCUGUCAUUCCAUAUUUAUUAUUAGCAGUCUUCUACAUGAUCUGGUUCUCCGCAACUCUCUAUCUAUUCAGUUCUGGUGAAAUCGAACAAAACUCAUGCAGCUCAAACUGUUGUACUUAUGAUCUUGGGUCAAAUCGAGUGAGCUGUGACCACUGCUGCGGCUACAGUAUCAAAUAUACUCCUCAUCUUGGUCUUGCAAUAGCAUUUCAUCUCCUUGGGUGUUAUUGGGCCACUCAGUUUCUGAAAGCAUUUUCUUCAACUGUUAUUGCUGGAUCUGUUGCUUCUUAUUAUUGGGCUCGUGGUGAAGCACUUCAACAAGUUCUGUUUCUUCCCGUGUUUUCUUCUAUGAAACGGCUUUUGAGAUAUAACUUUGGAUCUGUAGCUAUUGGUUCCCUUAUAGUUUCCGUCGUUGGGUCAACUCGGUCUAUACUCAAGUCAGUACGCCAGAGAUUAAAAGUAGCUGAUGUGAGGCCUGAAAACUGGUUUGGAAAAGUGGCAUACUAUACGACCCAGUAUAUUCUUGCAUCUAUUGGUUGGACCAUUAGACAUGUCAACCGCAAUGCUUACAUCAUGAUUGCAAUCACCGGUGAAACGUUUUUCAGUGCUUCUGCUAUUGCAACAGAUCUAAUCAGGAAUAACAUUCUCAGAAUAGGAAAGGUUAAUGUUAUUGGUGAUGUUAUUCUCUUCCUUGGGAAGUUGUCUAUGAGCCUUGCAAGCGCCUUAUUUGCAUUCCUAAUGUUGGACACUCAUAGAUACAAGAGUUCCCACAACAAAGUCUCCUCACCAUUGUUUCCUGUUCUAGUGUGCUCAGCUCUUGGUUAUGUUGUUGCUACACUUUUCUUUGCAGUGGUGGAAGUAUCUAUUGACACUAUCAUCCUAUCCUACUGCCAAGAUUCGGAGGAGCAUCAAGGGAAUGCACGAUAUGCUCCUCCUCUUCUCCUUGAAACCCUCGAUGACGAUAAUGAGAUGCAAAGACUGACUCAAUGAUUUAAAAUUGUUCGUUGCAGUUUCUGCAGAACUAUUAAACGCAGAAUCGCUCCAUAGAUGUUUCAGGCCAAUUUUUUUUUCCCUUUUUCCUUUUCUCUAAUGUAUAAUUAUAGUGAGAUGUACAACCGAAAAGUUAUAUUUUCCAGCUAUAUUGCAGUCCAAGUUAGCUAUAUUAAUAGUCAUGUUUUAUUUGACUGUAAAUACAGGUAUUACAUAAUCUAUAUCUACUAGUUUGAUUGUUCA